UGUCAAUCAGGACUCAGAGCAGCAGCUGAUCCGCAGAGUCGAGGCUCCUGGUUGGUUUCCUCAGACAUGGAGGGGAAACACCAUGACGGAGCAGAGGCAGAUGCAGAGGACACCGAUGAGCUUCUCUACACUGAUCUGGAUGUCAGCAGCAGGGAGUUGGACCUGGAGCCUCGGCCUCUCAGACUGGAUCACUGCGACCUCCUGAUGGAUGCCAUCGAUGCUCAGCUAGGUCAACUGCAGGUCCAGCCCCACAAACAGCAGGACAUUUUCAGAAAGCAUGACUGCAGCGAUACCGCUCCACUUCAGUGGAGUCGAUCUCCGAGCAAAGACACAGGCCUUGGAAGUACAACUCAGACACAUGACACACCCAUGUCUUGUCUUGAUUUAAUACGCACUCCGACAAUGAAGCAAACAUUAGAGAGGAACACAGGCUCCCGGGGAAGUCCUGACACUCAUGAGGACACUCAGAAGAGUUUGGACAGAAGAACAAGAGACAAAGAGGAAAUGGAGUGUCGGAGAGAGGAGGUCAUCUGGAGACUCGGGAGGCUGCUAGGGGACACUUGUGAGGAGGAUACAUUGACAGGGGAGGCACACCUUCUUUCAGACAGUGUCUGCACUGAGGACUUUGUCAUGCGCUUCGACGAGGAUCAGCAGCACAGGGCAGAGGCAGUCAAGAAGCAGUGA